AUGAAUACGCAUAAUGAUUUUUAUUUACCACCUCCUCAGCCAGCACAUCAUAAUCAACAUCAUAGUAAUGGCCACUCCAAUAAUGCAACAACACCCACUAAAGUUAAAAAGAAGAAAAUAUGUCAUCAAUGUAAAUUAGAUAUAACUGGUCAAUUUGUACGAGCUUUAAAUCAAUGUUAUCAUGUUCAGUGUUUUAUUUGUAAUGAUUGUGGUAUUCAAUGUUCAUCCAAAUUUUUCCCAUUUGAUUUAGAACCAAAUAAACAAGUUGCAUUGUGUGAAUUUCAUUUUUUUUAUCGUAUGAAGUUAAUUUGUGCAGAAUGUAAUAAUGCUUUACGAGGUCCUUUUAUAUCUGCUUUAGGUAAAAAAUAUCAUCUAGAACAUUUUAAAUGUUCAAAAUGUCAUAAAGUGUUUAAUUCAAAUGAAUCUUAUUAUGAGCAUAAUAAUUUUAUUUAUUGUCAUUAUGAUUAUAUAAAAUUACAUGCAUCACAUUGUGAAGGUUGUCAUUUUAGUAUUGUUAAACAAUUUGUUGAAUUAUACAAAGGUGGUAGAAAUCAAAAUUGGCAUCCUGAAUGUUAUAUGGUUCAUAAAUUUUGGAAUGUUAAUAUAACUCCAGACGCAAUUGGUUUACAAAAAUUGUAUAAUUUAUCAAAUGAAGAAUUGAUGAAUCCAAUAGAAUUAAAUAUUGAUUCAAAUUUAUUACUACAGAUUGAACAACAUAUAGAAGACAUUGUUAUGAAAUGUUGGAUGACUUUAAGUGGUUUUGAAGAAAUUACCGCUACUUGUAUAUCUGAUAUGUUGUUAAAUGCAAGUACUGGUAAUAAAUAUCAAGGUUUAUUAGUCACCCUGAAGUUGAUAUUAUAUUUGGAAACAUUAUUUAGUGCAUUAGAUUAUGUUAUACUACUAUGUAACAAUUCAAUUGAAUUACUUCAAAGUAGACUAAGUAUUGAAAAUGAUCAAGAAUCCUUGGAACAAUAUGAAUAUUUUCAGUACCUAAAAAAAGAACCUAGAAAUAUAACGGGUAAAAUCAUGAGUUAUUUAGCUAUAUUGAGGAAAUCAGAUCAAAUUGCAAGAUCAGGUAGUUUAUCUGCAGAAUUAUUAUCAUUAGUAACUGGAUGUGCUCAUUAUUUGAAACUUUUAAUUAGAUAUGGUUUAUUUAAUGCGUUACAAUUGAAUAAAUUAUAUGGUACAACAAAUGCAAUUGAAAAAUUUCUACAAUUGGUUAGUGAAUACGAUUUUAAAGAUGAUGAUUUAAAACAAAUUAAUUUUAAAUUGAAAAUUCCUUCAAGUUCAACAGAUUCAUGUUCUUCAUGUGCAAAAAGUAUUGAAAAAUCUUGUGUUAAACUAGAUAAUAAUAGAUGGCAUUUGAAGUGUUUUAUAUGUUCAAUAUGUAAGUCACAAAUUGAUUCAAAAUUUGCAAGUGAAGCUAAAUUUGAUAUAAUACGACAAAAUAUCAUUUGUUCAAAUUGUAAAACUGAUAAUCAAAUAGUUCAAGGAUUUAAAAUUGUAAGUGAUUUAUCACAAUUGGUUUAUUUACUAAAAAUUGCAUUAUCAAGAUCAUGUUCAGUUAUGAAAAUUGAUUUAACUAAAGAAUAUAGAAGUAAUGAAGUUGAUUCUGAUGAUUAUUCACAAACUUUAGAUGAUGUAACAAGAUUAAGAAGUAAACGUCAAAGUCAAAAGUUAUCAAAAUCUAUAAAAAAGAAGGCUAGAAAAUCAAUAAUUGUGGAAACACCAGAUGCAGAUAAAGCAAAACAAGAUGAGAUUGAAAAUGUCAUAACUGAAGAAUUAAAUGAAUUCAGUUUUAAUGGUAAAAAACCAAGACAAUUAUCUUUUGAUAAUGGUGAAGAACAAGAUCAAUUUAAAAGAAAAUCAUUGAAAAUACGAGAUGAACCACAACGACAAAUCACAAAUACUCAUUUAGAUCGUACUUCUGAUUUAUUAAAAAAUGAAAAAUCUUUAACUUUGGAUGAUAUACCAAGAAUUGUUGCUGCUGAACAAGCAAGAGAUCAAAGACCAAAUGCAUUUAAACAUCAUAAUUCAUUAUAUCAAAGAAAUAAUUCUCAAAGGUUGAAAAACGGUGAUAAUAAUAACAAGACAAGUCCUAUGGUAACUCCAAGUGGUGCAUUGGACAGAAUACUAAAUCAUCAACCAUCGACAAAAUCAAUCAAAAAGAAACAACAAAAAUAUUAUAGUGAGUUAACAAAAGAUGAACAUUUCAUAAUGCGUCAUAUUGCAGUUGAAGCAUUGAGUCAUGUAAACCCCAGCUUUAAUAAAGAUGAUUUAUUAAAUUUAAUUCAAACUAAAAAACAACCAACAUUUUGGGAUAAAUUUAAAUUUGGUGCAACUACAAAAGAUAAACCACUUGGUGUAUUUGGUGUUGAUUUAAAUACUUUAACUAAAAAAUAUGGUAUUGAUUCUGAUUUAGGUGUUGGACCAUCAAAAUUGAGAAUACCUAUCGUAAUUGACGAUAUCAUUUCAGCAUUGAAACAAAAAGAUAUGUCAGUUGAAGGUAUAUUUAGAUUAAAUGGUAAUAUUAAAAAAUUACGUGAAUUGACAGAAUUAAUCAACAAAAAUCCAUUUAAGAGUCCUGAUUUUAGCGUACAAAAUGCGGUUCAAUUAGCUGCAUUAAUGAAAAAAUGGCUUAGGGAAUUACCAAAUCCUUUAUUAACUUUUAAUUUAUAUGAUUUAUGGAUUUCAUCACAACGUGAACAAAAUUUAGUAUUAAGAAAAAGAGUAUUGCAACUAAUUUAUUGUAUGUUGCCAAGAAGUCGUCGAAAUUUAGUUGAAGUAUUAUUAUACUUUUUCAGUUGGGUUGCUUCCUUUUCAGAAAUUGAUGAAGAAACAGGUUCAAAAAUGGAUAUACAUAAUUUAGCAACUGUUAUAGCACCAAAUAUUUUAAUUUCAAAACAAUCAAGUGAAGUGAAUCAACAAAAUCAAGAUAAAAAUCAAGGUCAAACCACAAUUCAACCUGGUUCUGGAGAUAAUUACUUUUUAGCAAUAGAGGUUGUAAAUCAAUUAAUUGAAUUACAUGAAGAAUUGAGUAUAAUACCACCAGAUUUAAUUGAAUUUUAUGAAUUGUGUGGAUUUUCAAAUAAUUCAGAGAUUACUACAAAAGAAAUUAUGAAUAAUAUAGAUAAAUUUUUAAAAGAACAACCACAAUUUUUUGAUAAUUUUGAAAUUAAAAACCCGGAAGGUAUUGUAAACCAUGAAGUUUCCCGAGCAACAGUUUCAAAAAGUGAAUAUAAAUCAUUUGGUAAUGAAUUAAAUGGUGAUAAUACCGAAAUUGUAUAG